AUGAGUGGACUGAGGUCUCCUGGGCUGCUGGGGCUGGUGCUCUUAAUGCUCUCAGCAGGAUAUUGCAAAGAGAAAACUGACUCCGCAGAUUCGAAGGACAGGCAAAGUCUCUUGAAUCUGAUCAUGGAGAUCAUUCAGGAACUGAAAAGGUACCACCUGGAGAAGGACAGUGGGGUGCAGUUCUUCUCCAAGCACGACUAUAACUUAGAUCGAAGGGAAGUGGCCGACUACGGAGGAUACCAGGAUGAGCAGAGAGUUGAAAUCGUUCCCAGAGAUCUGAGGAUGAAAGACAAGUUCUUAAAGCAUUUAACAGGUCCACUCUACUUCAGCCCAAAAUGUAGUAAACAUUUUCAUCGGCUUUAUCACAAUACAAGGGACUGCACCAUCCCAGCAUACUACAAAAGAUGUGCCAGGCUUCUUACUCGGUUGGCAGUAAGCCCAAUGUGCAUGGAAGGAUAA